UUGUGCUACGAUAAGGAGUAAGAAAUGCCGAAGAAAAAUAAAUAUAAAACCGGAAAACUGAACGUCAAGGUUGAAUCUCAAACCAACGAUGAGACCCAAGAUCCUAAAGUGAUUUUAGCUGGAGACAUUGCAAAUUCGCCGAAGGUUCCAGAUAAUGAAAGUACCACUCAUGACGACACCGGCAUUGAUGUUAAGGAUCUAAGCGAUCACGAACCAAUCAACGAGGAGUCUAGACAUAAGGAGAAAAUGGCUUCCAUUGCGACAAUGACGAAACGCGUUGACGACCAUAUUACAGCAAUUGUUGACCUGCGAAUGAAAUUGUCUAAGCUGCAGUUGGAAGAAAUGCAUCUUCUCGAUGGUUGUGUCGACUUUUUGCAAGAGCUCUACUUAGUUAAGCCGGAAAAUUGCGAUGAGUCGACUCUGGUUUUGGAAACAUUCAAAGAAGUUAAGGAAAAAAUUCAGGCCGUUUUUAAGCACUUUUUGCCCAGCCAAAUUGAAGAACUUGAAAAGAAUAUCAAGUCCUUGAGUCUGAAAAAUAAUUCGAACUAGAAUGCUCUUAUGUAGUUAAAUUAAAUCGUUUUUAAACGAC